CUUGGCACCGCGGAAUCCACCACCGCGCACAAACUUCACCACCCAAGCCCGCCAGAGACGAGAGAGAUCCACUGUGACAACCUCCUCCCUCUUCCUUCAACACCACUCAACGUUCGAUCUUCACCAGUCUUCAAUCUAUACGUUUUCGGACCCGGCGCGAUCAUACUACUUUCUUCUUUUCUCGCUCUGAUUUGAUUUCAGAUCGCUUGAUAUAGUACUGCCCCGUUUCUUUUUGCGCUGAGGAGCGGCGCGACCUAGUUCGACAUGUCCGAGUUCAUCGGAUCACGCAUAUCCCUUGUUUCGAGGAGUGAUAUUCGCUAUGUAGGCACUUUGCAUGAGAUCAAUUCCGAGACAUCGACCGUUGCACUCGAGAACGUUACAUCUUUUGGUACUGAGGGUCGGAAGGGAAACCCAGACGAAGAGAUUGCGGCGAGCGACAGCAUCUACGAAUACAUUGUCUUCCGUGGCAGUGAUGUCAAAGACUUGCGGAUCGAGGAAGCUCCAGCUGCGAAGGAGAACAAGCCACCACAGGUGCCAAAUGACCCUGCCAUCCUAGGUUCGGGAUCUCGUCCUGUCCAGCAACAGCAGCAAGCGCCACAACAGCCGCCAGCACCUCCAGGGCAAGGUGGACGACAGUUCCAACAGCAGCCAGGGCCGCCACAGAACCAAGGCCAGCAGAACCCAGCCGGUCCUGCGUCCCAACAACAACAACAACAGUACCCUCCUCAGUUCUACCCUCCCCCAGGCCCAGGACAAUGGGGCCGUGGCGGUCCACUUCCACCUGGAGCUGGAUAUCCUGGCAUGCCUUAUCCUCCACCUCCACCAGGGUGGUAUCCUCCCCCAGGACAAGGAUUCCCCCAGCCAGGCCCGUUCCCGUACGGCCCAUAUGGUCCAUUUCCCCCAGGACCUCCAGGAGGACCCCCAGGACCACCUGGCCCACCAAACCAGCAAUUCCCGCAGCAGAAACCUGCGCCAAUCGGUCCAGGUGGAAGGCAACAGACAACACCCGGUCCCACGGAUAAGUCUGUUGAGCCAAAGAGCCUAGGCGGCCAGGCCCCAGCUGCUCCAGGGCCCCAUGCGAAGGGGCCAAAGCAACAACAGGCACCUGUCGAGUUGAAGGGGUCGCCUGUCCAAGCCCCAGCUCCUAAGGAGGCUCCAGCUGCCACAACUGGCCCUGCUGCUCCCGCUGCUACCAAGACCGCUCCAACUGGACCUAAGGGCGGCAGGAUCCCACCUGCGGUCCCACUUGCAAGCCCAAGUGCUGCUAAAGCCCAUGCUGCGACCACUAGCAAAGCCCCCGCCCCAGCAGUCAAUGUUCUCGCUCGCUCUGCUGUCGAAGAUGCUACUCAAGCUGCCACCGCAGCGGUCGCCGCGGCCAUGGCCAAGCUUCCCCCUGUCGAGGGUCAGCACCAGAACGGUAAUGCCAUUGACAACCUGACCAGAAAGGUCAACGAAAUGAGAACAAACGACACGAUCCGUGCUCCCCGUCAACCAGGCGUCGGCGGGUUUGGUGGACGCGGUGGUGCGUCGCGAGGCCGUGGAGGACCUCGCCAGGAGGCCCGCAAGGUUGAGGUCCCCAAGGACGAUUUUGACUUCGAAUCAUCCAACGCCAAGUUCAACAAGCAAGAUCUGGUCAAGGAAGCGAUUGCUGGCACUUCGCCUGCCGAAAGCCCAAUUGAGGAGGCAGCACCAGAGACGGCGGCAACAGGGUCCUACAACAAGUCGUCUUCCUUCUUUGACGACCUGUCCAGCGAAAGCAAGGACCGCGCAGAGGGCGACUCCACUGGCAGGCGCCCAGGUGGCCGCGAAUGGCGCGGUGAGGAGCAGAAGAAGAACUUCGAGACCUUCGGACAGGGCAGCGUCGAUAAUGGGUACCGAGGUGGUUUCCGCGGCCGAGGACGCGGACGCGGCGGCAUGAGAGGUCGCGGACACUUUGGCGGAAACGGACAGCCCGGCGCACGCGGCGGGCGCGGUGCGCAUCGCGGAGGAGCCCAGGAGGGCGGCCUAUAACUCGCGACAUAGGAGUUUUCAACGUUUUCUACCGAUGUCGACGGAAUGACGGACGGUGUAUCAACAGACUCUUUACGGCGGACAAAAAUCUGAAAUAUCUGGAAAAAGACAGCGCGUUUUUCUUCACAUGUCUCGUUCUUUAUGCUUUUGCUUGCCGCGCUUUUACUCGCUCGGCAUUGGCUCGCUGUGUCUACCGUGGGGAUUUUUCAAAGGAGUCUUGUGGGAUACCAAGAUUACGAUUGUAGUGUGGAUUUAUCUACACAUUUUUUUUUCUUUCAUAUUGUUGUACUACAAGCAUUACGACUCGCAUGAUACGGUUCAUGAUGGAAUCUGGGUGGCCUGGCGGCAGGUCAUGGCCAAGGAUCGGAUCGAGGAUGGAUAUGGCCAGUAGAUGGAUCUCUGUUACGGGGCCUUCGUUAUGACGGCUGGUUUGCAUAAAAAUGGAGGUGAAAGGGGGGUUUGGUUUGAUAGAGACUUGCAGCUAGAUACUGCAGAGCAUAGUCGAAUAAUAAAUGCGUC